GUGUCCCAUAGUGUAACUCUCCCUUUAUUCUUUAAUUAAAAGAUUUCAAUGCUGAUUGUCUAAAUAUAGGAGUGAAACUUUUUGAAGGGUAAAAAAGAGAGCCGACAAAAAAAAAAAGGGUAAAAAAGAGAAAACAGCCGCCAAAUAAAUGUGGAAAUGAAAUCUGCAAAAAAGCCCCAAAUUUUGGAAACUCUCUCAAAUCCCUAAAAAUUCGAAAUCGAAAUUUACCCAGAGAAGCGCCAUGACCUAAAAUCUCAAAAUCACCAAAAACUUCCCCAACAAAAAUGGCGCUUUUACUCUACCCAUUUCCUCUUACCUUCCUUCUACAUUACCCCUUUCCUCAAAUCUCUCUUUCCCAUUGAAAAAACCCAUGUCGGAGAAUCAGAACUGCGGGAGGAUGACGAGAGCGGCGGCGAAACGAAAAGCGUCGUCUAUGGCGGUGGACGAAAACCCAGUUAGUAAAAAGAGAGUUGUGCUCGGAGAGCUUCCGAAUAUGUCCAAUGUCGUAGCUGUUCCGGUGAAACCCAAUCAAGAAAGAGAGGCCCUUAAGGCUAAAACAAGUGUUAAUACCUCGAAGAAGCAGAUGAAGAAGGCUUUGAUGAUUCCUGUGGCGGUUCCUGAACCUAGCGUAGAUAUUGAAUCGAGAUCUGUUGAUCCUCAGAUGUGUGAGCCUUUUGCUAGUGAUAUUUGUUCUUAUCUUCGUGAAACAAAAUUGAGUCAGGAUAGCAAGCAAAAAAGAAUCAAAAUGUGAGACACCUCCAAAGAACUAUUUUUCCAAGAUCAGAAAUGUUAUUGAUUGAAGCCAACCAAAUGAUCAAAAUACCA